AUGGAAGCCUGUGGCAUCCUGUGGCAUCCGGCCUAUUGGGUCGAAACCAUGCAGGUCUUGGUCAAGAGUCUGACUGGCAAGCGGACGAAGUUCAAUGUUCAGCAAAGGACAACGAUCGGCGUGGUUCCGUCCAUCCUACUCUUUACCCUUUGUGGAGAUGAUGAAGGGGGAGAAGUUGAUCAAAUAUGGCACGCGCUGCUGCUCUUUCCACGGAUCUACAACCAGGGUCUAAGCCUGAAAGGAUCUCUUAGCCAACAGAGGCUCCUCUUCGCAGAGAAUGACACUUGCAGAGAAUUGUACAGGGCUCUCGGCGGCGUCGCCGCUCCAGAGGUCGAGGCCCCGCCAGAUCUGCAACCGUUGUGUCUGUUGCGAGGUACCCCGAAGGAAGGAGGUGAUGUGCCACCUGCAACUCGGAGCCGGACGGAAGAGAGCGAAGGCUGGUGCUGGCAGAGUCGUCGGCGCUUCCAGCUGCGCACAGCUGCAGAGGUGGAAACCCGCGAAGCUGCUGAAAUGCUUGACUGGACAGACUUGGCAAUUCUUUGGGUGACGUUUUUGCCAUGUUUGUUGGACCUCUCGUCCCUUUCAGCGCUGUGGUGCUGCUGUUGUGAAAUGGCCAGCCUCUCCAAAAGCCAGGAGGCUGGUGAUGCUCUUCGGCUUCGUUUGCAGCCAGCACGGGUUUGGGGACAUGGCUUGAACCUGCUGAGCUUGGCAAGAAGUCUUGAGAGCCUUGACAGCAUUUGA